GUAUGGCUGGCCACCUCUCUCUCCCCAGUUGCUGAGCGCCGUUGGCUGUUCAGAGCGGUUUUGGCUCCUUCCCUUAGUAACAGCUUUUACAUUCUGCCUCAAUUCCUCUUCAAUCGAAAUCACACACACACACACACGCUCACACAUACACGCACACGCAGACCAUUACUUUUUUUUUUUAUCGCCUCCUCCUUCCUGGGGACUUGGUCUAUAAUUCUCCCCCACCCCCCCUCGCUUCCCAUCCCCCUCCAGCAGCACCGCCACACACACACCUCACCCAGACUCGGGUCAUAAUUGAAUACAUUGCAUUCCCCCCUCCCGGUGGCUACUUGAAGUCUUUUUCUCUCCCUUCCCCCUUUGGGCUGCACCCGCAAUUGCAAAUCCAUAUAUUAUACCUCUUAGAGAAGGAGGAAGCUGCAUGAAAUAUAGCUCUAUGUGUGUGAGCGUGGGGGGCUUUUUCCUCCUCUUUUGCCUCCAUUGCAAAAGGAGGGGGGGCGGAGAGCCAUACUAAGCCAUCAAUUGCAAGUACCAUCUUCCUGUGAUAGGAGGCUCCUAAGAGGAAACCUUCUACUUAUCAAUGCACGACCAAUGGGUUAUAUCCUUCAUCGUGACCUCAUGGUUUAAGCGGGCAUAAAGAUGAGUAUAAGCAGUGAUGAGGUUAACUUCCUCGUAUAUAGAUAUUUGCAAGAGUCCGGGUUUUCUCAUUCAGCAUUUACCUUUGGUAUCGAGAGCCAUAUCAGCCAGUCCAACAUCAAUGGUGCUCUGGUGCCCCCCGCUGCUUUGAUUUCAAUAAUUCAAAAAGGCCUGCAGUAUGUAGAGGCGGAAGUCAGUAUUAAUGAGGAUGGUACUUUGUUUGAUGGUAGGCCGAUAGAGUCUCUCUCGCUGAUAGAUGCCGUGAUGCCAGAUGUGGUGCAAACAAGACAGCAGGCGUACAGAGACAAGCUUGCUCAGCAGCAAGCAGCAGCCGCAGCGGCCGCAGCAUCAACAAAUCAACAAGGAUCUACGAAAAAUGGUGAAAAUACUGCAAAUGGAGAAGAAAAUGGAGCCCACACUAUAGCAAAUAAUCACACAGAUAUGAUGGAAGUGGAUGGUGAUGUUGAAAUCCCUCCUAACAAAGCAGUCGUGCUGCGGGGUCAUGAAUCUGAAGUUUUCAUCUGCGCCUGGAACCCUGUCAGUGAUCUUUUGGCCUCAGGAUCUGGAGAUUCAACGGCAAGAAUAUGGAAUCUUAGUGAAAACAGUACCAGUGGAUCUACGCAGCUGGUGCUUCGGCACUGUAUACGAGAAGGAGGACAAGAUGUACCAAGUAACAAAGAUGUAACAUCUCUGGAUUGGAAUAGUGAAGGUACGCUUCUAGCGACGGGGUCAUACGAUGGUUUUGCAAGGAUAUGGACUAAAGAUGGUAAUCUCGCCAGCACAUUAGGACAACAUAAAGGUCCCAUAUUUGCGUUAAAAUGGAAUAAGAAAGGGAACUUCAUUUUAAGUGCAGGUGUGGACAAGACCACAAUUAUUUGGGAUGCACAUACUGGAGAAGCCAAGCAGCAGUUUCCUUUCCAUUCUGCACCAGCAUUAGAUGUUGACUGGCAGAGCAACAACACAUUUGCCUCCUGUAGUACAGAUAUGUGUAUUCAUGUCUGUAAGUUAGGUCAAGAUAAACCCAUAAAAACCUUCCAGGGCCACACAAAUGAAGUAAAUGCAAUCAAAUGGGAUCCCACUGGUAAUCUUCUGGCUUCUUGUUCCGAUGACAUGACUCUAAAGAUCUGGAGUAUGAAGCAAGAUAGUUGUGUUCAUGACCUGCAAGCCCACAACAAAGAAAUUUAUACUAUCAAAUGGAGUCCUACAGGGCCAGGAACAAACAAUCCAAACGCCAAUCUUAUGUUAGCAAGUGCAUCCUUUGAUUCUACGGUCAGGUUAUGGGAUGUAGACCGAGGGAUUUGCAUCCACACCUUGACGAAACAUCAAGAACCUGUGUACAGUGUAGCUUUCAGUCCUGAUGGUAGAUACCUGGCCAGUGGCUCUUUCGACAAAUGUGUACACAUCUGGAAUACACAGACGGGUGCUCUGGUGCAUAGUUAUCGGGGAACAGGAGGCAUUUUUGAGGUUUGCUGGAAUGCAGCAGGAGACAAAGUUGGAGCGAGUGCUUCAGAUGGUUCAGUUUGCGUACUAGAUCUACGGAAAUAGCGCUACUAGUUGGAAGCCAUGGACCGACUAUGAAUGUGUACAUAGCCAAAAUGACUGUCCCCAUGACCCAUGUACUGCUAUUGUCCCAACUGAACCAUGGCCAGUCCACUACAGCCAAACCCGAAAUAAUUAAAUACAUGUACUGUACAUUUUUUUUAAAAAAAGCAAACGAUUAUACCCUGAAGAAGAUGACAGAGUGAUGUCACAGCUUGUGAAGCCUGUUCACCAAGUGCUGGAAUUUGCUGCAGCCCCCCCAAAUUUGGAAGUGGGAGGAAAUUAAAAAACAGGACAAGAGAGAAAGAGAACCGAAUUAUACAAGCAGCCCUUUGAGAGUAUCAGAUUGAGGAAAGCGAUGUAUGGCUUCUUUUUUCUUUCUUCUUUCUCCUCUUUCCUUUAUUUUCACCCUUCUUGAAACUUUGAAAGUUUUUUUUCUCCUUUUUCACCCCUCCACCCCCACCCCCAGUUAGGUAAUGCGCAGUUUUCAUGUACAGGGAAAACAGAUUUGCAUACCCCUGCAACGGUGAUUGGUUCAUUGCUUCUUCCCACCAUGCUCUUAAGUUUUACUGAUGCUGAAAGCAAGGAUGUGAAAUCUUUCUAGGUAUGGUAGAUCUUUUCACUAAAAAUUGGAGGGAGGGGAAUCCUUUUCGGCAGUUCUUUUGAAUUCCUCAUUUUUUAACUUCAUCGACAUCUGGCAAGUAUUACGUAUAUCUGCUCCCGGUUUAGAUAAAGAGGGGGGAAAUAACUCCCAUCCUGACAAAUGAGGAUCAACAUUCCUUUAUCUUUUCAUCAGAUCCAGUAGUUACAAGCUCAGAUGCUGCCCCUUGGCUUCUUAUGGGUGAUGACCGUCCCAAAAAGCAGCAGUCCCUGACUUGAGACAUUUCUGCCAAGCCUAAGAGGGUACAAGAUGUAAGAGGGCACAAAAACUAAGACUGAGAGGUUUGGAAUUUGAUACCCACAGUAGGGAGUUGUGUCAAUGGAUUUGUGAGCCUGGUGAUAUGGUUAGUAAGCCCUUGUGUACCCAGAUCCUGGGGAUGGUGGUGGUAGGCUCAGGUAGUCCCAGCUUCUGUGGUCUGUACAUUCCAAGUUUAAGCAAAAGACAACAAAACUGAAGAAUUGGAUCCUCUCUUUCUUCAAAAGCAU